AUGAGCAAUCCUCCAUCGAUACCUCCCCGCCCCGCCCGGGCUCAGAACAGCUCUGCCCCGGCGCCGUCAAGCUCUCUCACCCCUCAAAUCCCUCCGCGUCCAAAGGGCCGCAUCGAGCGUUCGCAGUCUCCCCACCGAUUUGACCGCUCGCCGCUCAAUGACCCGACAUACGCACACGGAGGUCCUCCCCAGGACAACCGCCGCCUCAGCGGUGAGGUGCCCGCUCGCCCGCCGAGUGUCUCGCUGCCCUCGAUUGGUCAGGAGGGCAACGAGUAUGCCAGCUUCGAGGAUCUCUCUAAGACACUCUCGCACGAGAGCCGCGGCUCCGUCCAGCAGUCGUCGAUAGCAACCGACCUGCCUCUGCAUGCCCCUACGGCCUCGGUACCAGGCUCGACCGCGAAGCGCAACAUCCAAGCCGUGACCCGUACCGACUCGAAUCAAGCGGCUGCAGCAGACUUUGGCAAGCUGGCACCAGAAGACAGUGUCUCGUCCGGCACAAAGACUGGCCGCUCUGGCAGUUCCAUCGGCUCGCGACCUGCCUCGCUUUACAACGACAAGGAGCAUCAAGGCAUUCCCGAGAUUGGUGUCCAGGUGCCCAUGUUCCGCAACGCUGGAGACGUCCAGGCGCCGACACCGAAUCCGUAUGAGCAACAGGGCGCAUCGACUGGCGUUGGCUUCCACAACAAGCCCAGUGGCCGUCACCACGGACGUACGAAGAGCGGCCGUGAGAUCUUCCACGGCCCUCCUGGCAGCUAUGGUAUGCACGGACAUGGCAAGAUCUCCAACGAUGCAUUUGAGAAGAAAUGGUAUGAGAAGCAUCCGGAUGACUUGAAGCGCGAGAAGGCUGGGGAGUAUGGACCGCACAUCCAGGAGAAUAGGAAAGACUACCACUGGCGCGCCGAUGAUCUCAACAAGGUUAUUCACGGCCCCACGGAUAUUGGAUUUGGCACUUCACGCGAAGGUGUCAGUACCCCGGACGAGCAGAUUGGCUACAGGGCCACCGAAGAGUACGCCAUGAGAAUGGCAUCGCCUAGGCCCUCUUCCUCCGCCAGCCGUCCUACCAGCAAGGCUGCAAACCAAGAGUCGGCACUGCGCCACGAGACCUCGGCAGAAGAGUUGGACGAUAACGGCGAUGUCAUUCACAUCGAUCCGCCUGCUCAUCGCACCGGCAAGGUUCACGGUGGAGGCUACGAUCCACCAACGGAAGACCUUGGCCCUGAGGGUGGAAACACAGAUGAGAAGGGUGGCUGGGUCACCGAGCGUGGUUACGGUACUCCCAUCCUCGCCUCUGACGAGGUACAGAAGCACUCCAAUGCCGAGUGGAGGCAACCUGCUGUGUCACCCGAGCUGGAACGUGGCCAUGAUGGCGAAUACACUGUCAACGAGGAUGGCACCCCCGCGUACUUAACAAAGGUGCGAACUCAUAGCAGGAGCUCGAGCCGCAACAACAACCGCCAGCAGCACCGUACUAUUGCUAGCCCUGCAAACUUUGCAGACAGGAGCGGUACCCCUCUCGAAUCGCACAAGGAGUACGAGCCACUCUUCCCGGAAGAUGAGGAGGAUGGCAAAAAGCCCAAGACACUCGCCGAUAAGGUCAAGCGACCAAACCUCGCUCGCCACCACUUCCCCAGUCAGGACGUUUGGGAAGAUGCACCUGGCAGUUUGCAGCUUGAGACCACUGUCGAUACCCCUCAAGCCCCUGAAGAGCCAGACACUCCCGCGGGCGGUGAUGUUAGUGCCGCCAAGGUCUUCGAGCCACCAGAGCAAGAGGAGAAGCGCAAGGACACCAUUACUAAGGAGGAUCAGCAGAGCUUCCUGUCCGAGCACACCAGGCAGUUUGCUGCUGAGAACAAGCACCUUCGUGGGGUCCGCCCUACCCCUCAAAGAUUCCCCAGUCAAGACGUGUGGGAAGAUGCACCUGAACACGGUCAUCUCGAGACAACCGUUAGCGGACCGCAGACGCCAGCCACUGACGAAUACGCUCCCGAGUCGCCAAUCGUGGAGAAGUCCGCUCCCACCAUUCUGGCACGCCCAAGCGUGCCCGCUCGUCCGCAGAGGGCACAGCAGGAGAGCUCGCCAGUCGACAAGAAGGCUCCCAUCAUUCCGGAUCGCCCUAAGCCGCAAGUUCCUACACGUCCCAGCAAGCCAUCUCAACCUUCGUCCGAGAAUGUUCCUACCACCGACCGGGCUGUUGAGAACGAUGCUCCCCAGCCAAAGGCGAAGCCUCCAGUCCCAGCUCGCCCAGCUGGCUCUAAGAUUGCUGCGCUACAGGCCGGCUUCUUGCAGGAUCUGAACAGCAAGUUGGGUCUUGGACCUCAAGCACCUAAGGUCAAGGAGCCAGAGGAGGAGAAGGAGGCAGAGCCCGCUCAGCCUUUGUCGGAUGCUCGCAAGGGCAGGGCUAAGGGUCCUCAGAGGCGCAAGCCUGCUGCCUCUCCAGCUCCUGCAGCAACUGUUACGGCUGAGGUUGCGGUUCCAAGGGCGAAGCUGGAGCUCGCGCCAGUCACUGCUAUAUGGAGUUUCGGUGAGGAUGGUGCUCUGGACGUACCUGCCGCGAAGGCCGCUGCUCAGAUUCAGCAUGCCUUGGGUUCGCACAAGCCUGCAGCUACUGAGCCAGCGGUCGAGAAAGAAGCUGAGGUUCUGGGAGGCCGUGCAGAUAUCUCUGAGAUCACCGACGCCCCGAAGAUCAGCAAAGCACCUAUCGCCGAGACCCUGGAGAAUGUCGCUGCUCCUGUCGUCGAAGCCGCGAAGUCCGUCACACCCGCAGCAGCCAGCUCGCCGUCUGAUGCACCAGUCAAGGAGGAACCCAAGUCCGUUAAGACUGCGCCCGGAUCCUUUGAGGCGCCCGGCGCUUUCCCUGAACUUGACGCUAAGGGUGAGGCAGAACUGGAGAUUAAGACGAGUCAGCCGCAAGAGUCGGAAGCUUUGCCUUUGACGAAGACGGAGUCGCUGUCUUCAACGAAAGCAGCGGAUGUACCUUCAACACAGUCGCAAGGUGCUACUGAAGAGGCACCCACUGCUCUGAGGGAGUCCGUGGCCGAUGCAUAG